AUGUCGAAAAGCGAGGCUAAGGAAGCCACCAUACGACAGCUGUACACGGAGUUGAACAAGCAUUGUUCUAGCGCUGAGUACGACAAGGCACUGAAAGCGGCCAACAAGAUCAUUGGUUUGGAUGCGUCCGAGUGGAAAGCAGCCAAAUGCAAGCUGGUAUGCCUGAUACAGACGGGAAAGUUCGAAGAGGUGCUCAAGUUCCUGGACCGUGGCACGACGAUUCCGGACACGACCUUCGAGAAAGCGUACAGCGAGUACCGUUUGAAUCGAGCAGAAGAAGCCUUCCGCACGAUCCAAUCGGCGACCGGUGGCGGUAGCGAACAGUGGGCCACCUUGAACCCUAAUCUGAAGGAGCUACUCGCCCAAAUCCUCUACCGACUGGAACGGUUCGACGAGUGUUUCGAACUGUACCGCGGCAUUAUCAAAAAUACGCACGAUGACUACGACGACGAGCGACGGACGAACAUGAGUGCGGUCGCCGCGAAUCGCUGCAUCGUGGGUGGGGCUAGCGGUUCCGAGCAGCAGCUUGCCGCUGGUCUGCCCGAAGACACGUACGAGCUAACAUACAACGCGGCCUGCGCCCUAGCCGGCCGACAGCAGUACGGUGAGGCGGAGCGGAAGUUGCGCACGAGCGAGAAAAUGUGCCGCGAUUCGCUCGAGGAGGAUGGCGCCACCGAAGAGGACAUCAUCGACGAGAUCACCAUCAUCAAGGUGCAGCUAGCGUACUGCCUGCAGAUGCAGGGGCGCGUGAAGGAGGCGUCCGCACUGUACGCGGACGCGUUGCGCCACAAGACGAACGAUGCCGCGCUAACGGCCGUGGUGAGCAACAACUUGGUGGUGAUCAACCGCGACCAGAACGUGUUCGAUUCGAAGAAAAAAAUGAAGGUGGCCACAUCGGAACAAGCCGAGCAGAAGCUCACCAGCCGCCAAAGGAAGGCGAUCGCGUUCAACAACUGCCUGUUGGCGUACUUCGCCAGUCCGGUGGAGUGUGGGCUGCUUGCCAGUCGACUGGGAAAUGCUCACCCGGAUCUCGAGUUCCAGUCGCUGUUGGUGCGCGUGAGUCAACUCGCUCGCGAUAAGAAGCACCGCGAGGCGGUCGAGUUGCUGGAAGGGUACGCGCAGCGGUUGCCACGGGACCACACGAUCGAGUUGCUACAAGUACGGUUCGCUAUUGUGCAACUACAGCUGGUGGCCGGCAACCGGAAAGCGGCUAUCGAGUCGUUGGAGUCCCUCGGUGAGGCACGCUACCAACCCGGUGUCGUAUCUGCCCUAGUCACGUUGCACCUCGGACUCGACAAUAAGCAAGCGGCAUCGGAGAUCCUGAAGAGCGCAGUCGACUGGUACAAGCGGCAAAAGAGCGCCUCGAUCAGCGAUGCUGACCUGAGCGACAUGUGGCGACAGGCCGCAAGCUUCCAUCUGCGCGGUGGCGAGCCCGAAACGGCCGCCAAAAGCCUGGAAGAGCUGCUUCGGACGCACCCGAGUGACAUGAAGCUGCUUGCGCAACUGGUCAUCGCAUACGCUCAGUUCGACCCGAAGAGGGCCCAGCAGGCUAGCAAACGCUUACCGACGCUCGAAACACUUACCACCGUGUCGGAGAUCGAUGCUCUAGAGGCGACGAACUGGAUGAUGAUCGCGAAGGCGGUUCGGCGCAAACAGGGAACGACCGGUACCGGUGGACGCACUGGAGACCAAUCACCAGGUGCAGGGACACCAUCAGCCGAGCAGCAGGCCGCCCGGAAGCAGAAGCGCAAGAAGCGUAAGGGCAAGCUGCCCAAGAACUACAUCAUCGGUGUCCAACCCGAUCCGGAACGGUGGCUACCUCGCUACGAACGAACUGGUUACCGCAAGAAGCGCGAUCGCCGCGUGAAAGAGGUCAUCAAGGGCAGCCAGGGUACCGCUUCCGGUCAGGCCGAUCAAUUCGACAUGAGCAAGGCGUACAACCAGACGAAAAAUUCUCCCGCAACACCGGGCGCCAGUGGAUCGGGUGGUGUAAGCCAACUCGAGCAGAUUGCGGCCGCUGCCGCUGCCACCCGCCAAUUACCUCGCAAGAGUCAACACAAGAAGAAGAAGGGUAAACACUAAAGCACUUUUUCAUGUGCUGGGUGGGCAGAUUUGGUUUGUUGCAGACAUAUGGUGGUGAUCUAAUAAAAAUAGGCUAGUUCUUUGCGAUAGGGCCAUCGCGUCUCA